CUCUGCCUUCUUUCCAUUUAUUGCCAAACCCUGAUCAAUUUGUUUGGAGUAAGUUUUUGAGGGAGGAGAUCAUGGGGAGAGGGAAGAUAGUUAUAAGAAGGAUCGAUAACUCGACAAGUAGACAAGUGACUUUCUCCAAGAGAAGGAGUGGUUUGCUUAAGAAGGCUAAAGAGUUAUCGAUCCUUUGUGAUGCUGAAGUUGGUGUUAUCAUUUUCUCUAGCACCGGAAAGCUCUAUGACUACGCAAGCAAUUCAAGUAUGAAAACUAUCAUUGAGAGAUACAACAAAGUAAAAGAGGAGCAGCAUCAACUACUGAAUCAUGCCUCAGAGAUAAAGUUUUGGCAAAGAGAGGUUGCAAGUUUGCAGCAGCAGCUCCAGUAUCUACAAGAAUGCCAUAGGAAACUAGUUGGAGAAGAACUUUCUGGAAUGAAUGCUAAUGAUCUACAAAAUCUUGAAGACCAGCUAGUAACAAGUCUUAAAGGAGUUCGUCUAAAAAAGGAUCAACUUAUGACAAAUGAAAUCAGAGAACUCAAUCGUAAGGGACAAAUCAUUCAAAAAGAGAAUCAAGAGCUACAAAAUAUGGUAGAUAUAAUGCGUAAGGAAAAUAUUAAAUUGCAAAAGAAGGUUCAUGGAGCAAUUGAAGGCAAUUCAAGUUUAAAUCCUAUAACCAAUGGAACCGAAACAUGUGCACCACCGCAACUUCAACUCAUACAUAUACAACCUCCUAAAGAAAAAACGAUAAAACUAGGGUAA